AUGCUGGCGCCGCGGCGGCCCGCGGCGCCGCGGCGCGCCGGGGCCCUCGCGGUCGCCGCCGCCGCGACGUGUGCGCUCGUGGUCCUGCGCCGCGGGGCCGACCCGGCCGCGCUGGCGGCGUCGGCGCUGGCGGCGGUCGAGGAGGCGGCGCUGCCCGCGCGGAGCCCGCGCGGCGACGACCGGGACCUGGGUUCGGACGCGGCGUCCUACCCGCACGUCGUCUUCGCGUUGAUGGACGACCUGGGCUUCGACGACGUCGGCUACGGCAACGCCGACGGCGCCGUGGCGACGCCGCACAUCGACGCGCUCGCAAAGGAGGGCGUGACGCUCUCGCGCUACUACAGCGCCUUCUCCUGCACGCCGGCGCGGGGCGCGCUGCUCACGGGCCUGAGCCCCCACCGGCUCGGCCUCCAGCACGGCCAGGUCUUCCCCGAGCAGCCCUGGGGCCUGCCCUCGAAGUUUUCCAUCCUUCCGCAGCAUUUGGCGAAACUCGGCUACCGGUCGCACUUGGUGGGCAAGUGGCACCUGGGCCACUUCUCGGCGGAGCGCCUGCCGACGGCGCGGGGCUUCGAUUCGUUUUUCGGCGGUUUGGACGGGGCCCAGUACUACGCGACGCACAUCGACGCCAUGGACUGCAAGCUGCCGGGGGACGUCUUGUACCGCGGCUUCGAGGUCGGCGACUACGAUUCCCUCAAAGCCGUGACGGCGGAGCACGGCUGCUACUUCGACCUGCGGGAGAACAACGACCGCGUCGAGGACUUGUUCGGGUCCUACUCGACGCAGCUCUUCGGGCGCAAGGCCGAGGAAUUGAUCGACGCGCACUCGAAGCGAGCCGACGCGGCGGAGAAACCUUUAUUCCUGCUCCUCUCCUUCAACGCCGUCCACGCGCCGGUCUGGGCGCCCGAGGACACCUACGAGACCCACCCGGACCUGCUGAACGUGACCAACGGCAACCGGCGCAAGUUCGCGGCCGCGCUCCGCCUCGUCGACGACGCGGUGGGCAACGUCGUCGCCGCGCUCGAGGAGGCGCGCAUGGACGCGAACUCGAUCCUCAUCUUCGCGAGCGACAACGGCGCGAACCCGGAGCACGGCGGCUCGAACGCGCCCCUGCGCGGGUCCAAGGGCUAUUUGUUCGAGGGCGGCGUCCGCGUGCCGGCGUUCGUGAGAGCGCCGAAGUACCUCCCGCGCGGCGCGACCUACGAUCACCCCUUCCACGUCACGGACUGGGUGCCGACGCUGCUCAACGGGCUGCUGGGGGCGCCGCCGCUGGCCGACGCGUCGCUCUACGUCGAGAAGCCCGCGGACGAGGACGCGGCCGCGGAGACGAAGACGAAGAAGGCCAAAAAGGGCAAGAAGGCCAAGAAGGAGAAGAAGGCGACGACGGCGACGAAGGCGGCGAAGAAGAAGGAGACGACGAAGCCCGCGGCCGCGACCAAGGCCGCGCCGCCGCCGGCGAAGAAGCCCGCGGCGCCCAAAUCCGCGGCGGCCGCCGCGCUGGAGACGCACUUCGCGGCGCACCCCGUCUCCUCGUCGGGCCUCGACGGCGUGGACCAGUGGCUCGCCCUCGCGGCGACGGGGCGCAAGGACGACGUCAACGCGACGCCGCCGCGCGAGGAGAUGCUGCUGAACAUCGACUACCUCGACGGGUCGCUCGCGUUCACCUCCGCGCCUUUAAAUUACGACGUCGCGGCGAUCUACGCGCUCGGCUGGAAGUACAUCGCCAAUUCCGGCGACCUGGGCUGGUACAAGACGCCGAGGACGCGCGACGCCGAGGUGAAACUGGAGGUGCUCGACGCCGCGUCCGCGAACCGGCGCGACGCGGGCGUUUUAGUAUUGGACGCGAACUCGAAAUUCGAGGUCUCGAGCCCCCACUCCUACCUCUUCCGCGUCUUGGACGACGCCUCGGAGCAGAACAACCUGGCGUCGGACCACCCGGACGUCGUCGAGCUGCUGCAGGCGCGGCUCCUGGAGCACCGGGCGAACAUGGCGCCGUGCGAGUGGCGCGACGACUCCGACGCCGCGGCCGACUUCUUCAAGCGCGACGGCUUCGUCGGGCCCUGGUGGAAGGUCGAGGACGCGCCGCCGCCGCUGUCGGCCAACUGCGCCGACGUCGGCGACCACGAGCUCGCGCGCUUCAUGCCCCCGGAGGCGCCCGCGGAAGGCGGCGAGCCCGCGAAGGACGAGUCGCUCGCCUCGCUCGCCCAGGCCGCGCUCAUCCACGCCGGCGCCCAGGGCGCGCGGCCGCGGUGGAACCACGCGCCCAAAAACGAGCUCGCCGUCGCCCAGGGCGCGCACAAAGCGGUGAAGGUCACGGACCACGGCGCGCGCGUCCUCGGCGCCUUCGGGAGCCUCGAAUCCGCCGAGCUCUACGAAGCCAAGUACGCCGCGGCCGAGGGCCUCGUGGCCCACGGCGACGGCGGCUUCCUGCGCAAAGGCCACGAUGCGACGAAGCUCUUCAAGCUCUCCGUGUCGAAGCACGAGGUCCUGGGCCAGCGCCACGAGACGCGGCUGCUCCAAUUGUCGCCGAACGCCUCGAUCCACCCGCGCUACGACGACGAGGCGCCGCCGCGCGAGACCGUCGACGAGGCCGCCAUCCGGGCGACGCUCGAGCGCAAGGCCGGCGAGCGACGCCGCGCGACGGCCGUCGAGGACGGCGGCGUGGACGUCGCGCACGAGGAGCGGCUGUUGGCGGCGGACGAGGCCGCCGCGGCCGCCGCGGACGGCGACGACGACGACGACGACGACGAGGCGCCCCCCACCAUGCCCGCCCGCACGCCGCGGACCGGGGGCGGCGUGACGAACACGACGAGCAGCCCGGCGGUCAUCCGCGGCGGCGCGACGCCGACGCCCGUGCCGUCGAGCGCUCGGCCGCCGCGGCCCCAGUCCGCCGUGCCGGCCUCGGCGCGGUCCGGCUUCGCGAGCGGCCGGCGCAGCGCGAGCGAGGGCGCCCUCGGCAGCGGCCGGCGGCCCGCGUCGGCCGCCGCGACGCGGAGCGCGCGCGGCGCGCCCGCCGCGGAGCCGCCGGGCGCGGCGGCGGCGAGCGGCCGCCCGGCGACGGCGACGGGCGCGCGCCGCGUCGACGGCGCGACCUUCGGCGCGCGGCGCCACGAGUUCGAGCACCGCGUCACGGCCCUCGAGGAGCUCUACGUGGGGCGGGACCUCAUCGCGCCCGCGUGGCUCCGCGUGUCGACGACGCCGUGGACGGGCUUGAAGGCCGCGACGGGCGGCUACGGCCGCGAGGUCCACGGCACGUCCAUCUCCGCCGAGUUCCCCGCCUUCGCGCACAUCGCCGCCGUCGACGGUUUUGAUAUUGGCGGCGCGACCCUCGUGAAGCGCACGCGGCGCCCGCCGAAGCAGCCGAAAAUGAAGACCGCGACGUCCGCCGACAGCCCGGACUGGUUCCAGACGACCGCGACGCGCGCGUGGAAGACGGGCAAGUACGCGGCCCAGAAGCACCGCGCCGUCGUGAGCCGCAACCAGGUGCUCCUCGAGCCCCUCCAGCAGUCACUCGGGGCCGACUCCUGGUGCUUCCGCGACACGUUCAACUGGAAUUCCGCGCGGAAUUCCCAGCCCGCCGCGCUCCUGCAUGCCUACGGGAACGCGACGUCGACGUCGCUCUGGUCGCUGACGCGAGCCGACGACUACAACCAGGAGGACUCGCUCUUCGGCUUCGUCGGGCGGGCCUACGCCAACUGCCUCCUGUGCUAUCUGCUCUUCGCUGCGCUGCCCGCGUCGCUCACGUUCUUGGGCGCACAUUUCCACCGCGGCUGCGCGCCCUGGGCGCCGGCGUGGAUGACUGCGGACUGGGCGAGCGAGGCGAGCGACUCCUACAAGGUCCUCUUCCAGGAGAUCUACUCGUCGCGCCCCGCGCGGCCGUGGCGCGUCGCCGUCGGCUCCGGCGCCAUCGCGCUCCAGGCCAUGGUCAUGGCCCUCAUCGUUUUGCACCUCCACGGCUUCCUCUCGCGCAAGGGCGCGCACUACGACUUCGUGCGCCUCGCGUCCGACGACGCGCCGGGCCUCUCGAUGGAGGGCCGGUGCCUCGCGUUCGUCAUGGUGUCGAUCAAGAUCCUCCAGGGCGACACGAAGCGCGACUACAAGGUCAUGAAGUACGCCGCGUCCCACCCGGGCUGCCUGUCCACGAACGCGUGCGCGUUCCUGCUCGCGGUCAUCGGCUGCGCGAUCGGCUUGGCGAACGCGGCGCUCGGCGCGGUGCUCAUCGUGCGGUCCGCGAACAUGCUCCAGGUGCUGACGACCUUCGCGGGCCUGUCGUUCAUCAUGGACAUCGACAACUGGUUCGUGACGCUCUUCGAGCUCGACGCGCACGACCUCGGCUGGCUCGAGGUCCCCGCGGGUCGCGACGCGGAGGAGCCCGCGGAAGCCAAGUAUGCGACGCUGCGCCGCAAGUCCCUGGCGCGCGACAGCGGCCAGACGUCCGCGCUCGAUCUUUUGCGCAAGGCCAUCUUCUUUGUUUUGUACCCGGCCUUCUUCGGGUGGAUCUGGCUCUACUGGAUCCCGUCCCGGUCCAUCCCCGUCCGGGCCCUCGGCGUCGUCUAG